AUGCAGCUCGUAGAGGCUGUUAGUUCGGCGUCCAAGAGCUCAAUCACGGUGCAUCUGCCUCGCGGAAGCUCAGCGUUCAAGUCCUACAAACCUAUUCUCACCGAAUUGUACAAACGACUUGACGGCAUCCAGAAGUUCCAGAUUUUCACGAUGGACGCAUCGCAGGCGGGCGUCGUUGUCUGCAAGAAAGGCCCCGAGAGCGAACCUGUAGAGAUUAGUUUGAGCCGUCAAAUUGACGGGAUUUUCACCACGAAGGAGAAGGUGCAGCGGAUGAUGACGGACCAUAUCGAGACGCUGUCCCCUCCUGUCCGCAACACCGAGAAAAUUGCGCAGAUGUACCACAACAUCAGGCCCUACGUUCCUGCUGAAUUUCAGAGCGAUCCCCUCUACGCCAAGCCUAGCGAACAGGAAGGAGAAGAUGCCAAGUCACGGAAACAAGCACGACGUGAGCAUCGCGCGGCAAUGGCCGUGGCGGCUAAGGCUAGCCAAGACUAG